UUCCUUGACGAAAUCAUUACAAACGAAAUUAUUACACGAUGAAUACGUGUACUUAAAUCUAGUCAAUAACAAUGGUCGUUGUAUUUUAUUGAUUGUUGUGUUGUGUUUUAAUUCACGAUAAUGUUGUUGUGUGCGUUAUUUAUAAUUUUUACUGUGUCUCCGCCAGCCCUCUCAUAUAUCGUUCCGGAGGGAGCGAACUCAUGCGCUUUACGUGAAUUAAUGUGCCUGGAUGGGAACUGUGUUCCCUUGAACAGCCUCUGCGAUGGCAAGAGAGACUGCUUCGAUGGAUCGGAUGAACUCUACUGUGACAGUUUAUUAAAUCCUCAAACAAAUGAAGAUUUAACCCUGAGUAGGCCUAGGCGUCAAGCUUCGUCUUGUCAGAAAAAUCAGCAUCAGUGCCGGGACGGUACGUGUAUCGGUUUAGACGGCAAGUGCGACGGUAUCGUCGACUGUCCCGACGGUAGUGAUGAAACACACGCACUUUGCAGGAAAAUGAAAUGUCAAAGCAACUGGUUCCGUUGUACGUACGGCGCCUGCGUUGACGGUACAGCUCCUUGUAAUGGAAUAAAGGAAUGUGCCGAUGAAUCGGACGAGCUUCUGCCAAGGUGCCGCAACGAAACUGACGAAGUUAGUGGUCAGUUCAGAUGUGCGAACGGUCAAACGAUACCAGCGUCUGAGCACUGUGACGGUGUCGUGGAUUGCUCUGACGGGUCAGACGAGACGGUGCGCUCGUGCGCGUCUAAGACGUGCGCGCCGUAUCUCUUCCAAUGCGCGUACGGAGCCUGCGUGGACCAGGGAUCGGAUUGCAACGGGAAAAAAGAAUGUGCGGAUGAUUCUGAUGAAUCCGACGAACUGUGCAAUAGAAUCUCCCCAGGAUCGCCGAAACCUGUUACUGUAAAACCCAUAGACAAACCUGUAGCCCAAGGGGGUAAAUGCGUGCUACCUCCCUUCCCCGAACACGGCACGUACACAAUGGGUGGAAACCCCAGCGCAACCCCAGGACAAACAUUUCCCACCGUGUUCCUCAAUAUCAGUUGCAACCCUGGCUUCGGUGUGGAGAGAGACGUAACGUCGGUGUUCUGUUUCGGCGGUGAUUGGUCCAAUGAUAUACCAAAAUGUGUCCGAUUUUGCCGUCUUAACCAACACGAAAGCGUUGAAUACCGGUGUCGCCUCUCUGGUCCCGACUCCCUGGAAGGAACAAGAGAGUGCGGUACGGAAGAACCAGCAGGAACCGUUGUCAAGCCGGUCUGCAGAGCACCUAACUAUUACAACUCAGACAUUUUAAACCCCAUGAGAUGUAUCGACGGAAGCUGGACCUACAUCGCUAUAUGUAAACCAGAAUGCGGCACCAUAACCCCAGGAGGUGCCCAGCUCGUCUUAGGUGGGCAGGUGGCAAAAAGGGGAGAACUACCUUGGCAUGCGGGGAUCUACACAAAAGAAACCACUCCAUACCAGCAGAUCUGUGGGGGAUCUCUGAUAAGCACAAGAACUAUUAUUUCUGCUGCCCAUUGCUUCUGGAGCGACACGUACAAACUUCUGCCAGCUACAAACUACGCUGUUGCCGUUGGCAAGAUCUACCGGCCCUGGAACAACCCCCACGACCCAGAUGCCCAGAAGUCUGACGUCGCUAAUAUAGUGGUGCCCCCUCAUUUCCGAGGAGCCGAAGCGAACUUUCAAGAUGACAUCGCUCUGGUUGUCGUAGCGACUCCGUUCACGUAUCAGGUCUACAUCCGUCCUGUCUGUGUCGAUUUUGAUGUGAAUUUCGACAGAACGCAAUUAACUGACAGGAGUCUGGGCAAGGUCGCCGGCUGGGGUCUCACCGCUGAGAACGGAGCAGCCUCCCAAGUUCUAAAGGUGGUUGAAUUGCCAUACGUGAAAAUAGAGGAGUGCUUCGCGAUCUCACCGCCGAGUUUCAGGGAGUACAUCACUAGUGACAAGAUAUGUGCCGGAUACACGAACGGGACGACUCUGUGCCAAGGCGACAGCGGAGGGGGCCUCGCGUUCUCUGCGUCGGAGCGGAGCACGCAGCGCUAUUACCUGCGAGGGAUCGUGUCCACCGCGCCGCGCAACGAAAACCUCUGCAACGCGCACACGCUCACCGCUUUCACUCAGGUCAUUAAACAUGAACACUUCAUCAAGGAAUACGUUUAGAUUUAAUAUGUUUUUAUAGUAAAUGAUGUAUUUUUUA